AAAGUGAGUGGUACUAUGGCUGAUGAGAAGAAAGGGCAGCAAGCCUCCAAGAAGGGCGCGAAGAAAAUCAUCAAGAAGGCGCCAGCGAAGGGAGGCAAGAAGAGGAGGCGGUCCAGGAAAGAAAGUUACUCCAUCUACAUCUACAAAGUGAUGAAGCAGGUUCACCCCGACACCGGCAUCUCCUCCAAGGCCAUGAGCAUCAUGAACUCGUUCGUCAACGAUAUUUUCGAGCGCAUCGCGGGGGAGGCUUCCCGCCUGGCCCAUUACAACAAGCGCAGCACCAUCAGCUCCCGGGAGAUCCAGACCGCCGUGCGGCUGCUGCUGCCCGGGGAGCUGGCCAAGCACGCCGUGUCGGAGGGCACAAAGGCGGUGACCAAGUACACCAGCUCCAAGUGAAGGACCGCAUUGUACUGAGACAAAACACAUCCACAACCCAAAGGCUCUUUUAAGAGCCACCCACAACA